GUCUCUGAUCGAUGGAUGAUGAAACCAGAAAGCACGUGGACAUAUGCCCGAUGCUUCUACCCCGCAAAAGAAGAGAAUCUCAGUUCUCGGUUAAGUGAGCAAAGGGAACUGAGGCAGCGUCAGUCUGCAGGACCGCACACCCCAGACUGGUCUCCCGCCCAGCAAACCCGGCGAGGAGGCGGAGCGGAGGAAUCGAAAGGGAAACCGACGCGGGCGGGCGGCUGCGGUAUGGCGCUGCGGGCCCUGUGGCACCUCUGGCUGCUUGGCUGCUGCUGGUGCUGCGGCAGUGGCCGUGGAGCCGGUCCCGGUCCCACCUUCGCCCGCCCUGGACCGCGGAGCCGCGAGCGACAGGCAGCCGCCUUCCGGGAAAGUCUUAAUAGACAUCGAUACUUGAAUUCUUUAUUUCCUAGUGAAAAUUCUACUGCUGUUUAUGGAAUAAAUCAGUUUUCGCACUUGUUUCCUGAAGAGUUUAAAGCUAUUUAUUUAAAAAGCAAAACUUCCAGAUUUCCUAAAUACUCAGCAGACCUGCUAACAGUCAUCUCCAAGCUGCCUUUGCCAUUAAGAUUUGACUGGAGAGAUAAGCAUGUUGUAACACAAGUGAGAAACCAGCAGAUGUGCGGAGGGUGCUGGGCCUUCAGUGUGGUAGGUGCCGUGGAAUCAGCGUAUGCAAUAAAAGGGAAGCCUUUGGAAGACCUCAGUGUGCAGCAGGUCAUUGAUUGUUCAUAUAAUAAUUACGGCUGCAACGGAGGGUCUACUCUCAAUGCCUUGUACUGGCUAAAUAAGACGCAAGUGAAACUGGUGAGGGAUUCAGAAUACCCGUUUAAAGCACAGAAUGGUCUGUGCCUUUACUUUGCUGAUACACACUCUGGAUUCUCAAUCAAAGGUUAUUCUGCACAUGACUUCAGUGACCAAGAAGACGAAAUGGCAAAAGCACUUCUUACCUUUGGCCCUUUGGUAGGGAUAGUAGAUGCAGUGAGCUGGCAAGAUUAUCUGGGAGGCAUAAUACAGCAUCAUUGCUCUAGUGGAGAAGCAAAUCAUGCAGUUAUCAUAACUGGGUUUGAUAAAACAGGAAGUACUCCGUAUUGGAUUGUGCGGAACUCAUGGGGGAGUUCGUGGGGAGUAGAUGGCUAUGCCCAUGUUAAAAUGGGAGAUAAUACUUGUGGUAUUGCAGAUUUCGUUUCCGCCGUAUUUAUAUGAUAUUUUGAUCGAAUCAAGAGGCAACUACAAAAUGAAGUUCAUAAUGAAAAGUAGCAUGGUACUUCAUUCUUAGUAUUACUCAUGAAAGGUUCUAGGGCCUAGUAGUUAUUUAAACUAAGUUGUAGAAUGUUCCCUUCUGAUAGGGAAAUGGACAACCAUAGUCAGUCAGAAGCACAUCGGCUAGCACCACGGCCUGGGAGGAAGUCUGCGGAAUAAUUUCCUACUCUGGGAUGAAGAUCAGUUUAGGAGAUAUUUUAGGUGUCUUUGAUUUGAAGAGACUAAUAUCUGGGUUUAUUUGAUUAUUGUUUUUGUUUGUUUUGUGUUUAUGUUUAAUAGCAUAUUUCAAGUAGGGUUAAAAAGGUAGUAAGAAUUUCUUUUCCUUUGUGGGAUAUAAUCACCGCCUUAGCUUACCCCUGUGUACAAGAAUAGCCAACCUAAAGCUAUGUGUGCCUCUCACAGUUAUACUCACAGCCCUCUGCAAUAGAAUUUCAUAAAGAUCUUGAAAUGCCAAUAGCUUUGCCUCAACAAAUGCCGCUUACCCCUUGUACUGUAAAGAGAUCGUGUAAUAAGAAAUAAAAACACAAAAUCACUUUUUAAGAGACUGAAAUUAAGUGACCAAUAUGGCAACUAAGUAAUAAGAAAAAACUCAAGCAUUAAUGCCUGAGAGACAAAUUAUUGUUUGGAUAUUUUCAUUGUCAAUAGAAUUCCAAUAGAAUGUAUUUCUUACUUUGUUCUCCCCAUAUUGAGGGACAAUGUAUUUUCGUACAUUUUUCCCAGUCUCUUUCUUACUAUUCACUGUGAUGCUGCUAAGUUUUUGUGGUGGUUUGGCUUCCCUGGGUAAGAAGUCUCAUUAUUUACUAUUCAUUUCUAUUUUAUAACCAUUGAUCCUGCUUCACCUCAGCCAUCAACAUCAGGCUCUCAUCUUUCUCUUCCUUCCAUCAUUUGUAGGCACCACCCCUUUCAAAGUACAGUCUCUUUCAUUUGGAGUAUCAGCCAGAAUAUGAGUUCCCCAGCCUCUCUUGUUUCUCCCAUUUUCUGCUUAUGUUUCCAGGACUUCCAUUCUAAUUAUUUUUUGUGCAUCCAUUUGGCUUUUUUCUGGAUCUUGGUUCUUGAUGGCCGAAUUUUCUCUUGCCUAAGUAAUUAUGUGUCGCUGUAUUAGAACCCCAGAGUAUAAGAGCUGAUCUUCUGAUUAAAUAUAAAAAUAACUAUAUUAAAUAAAUUAAUAUAAGAAAAUCCUAUCAAAUACUACAUAUAUUUCUUCUCUAAAAUGUCUGGUUGCUUUAUAAUGUAAAAUAGCUUGUAUUGACUCAGGUUUAGAAAUGUUCUAGAAAGACAAACAUCGACAUUUUAAUUAAUAUUCUCAUGAUCUAAGUAUACUAAAAUGGAACAUGUUCGCAUUUACCGACUGAAUUCUAUGCAAUAUAAAUGUUUUUCUGAUACUUUUUCAAAUGCUAAAGAACUUUUAAAAUUAAAAAAUGAUUAUUACCUCUCA